CUACGCGGGCGCGUGCACGAGCCCUCCUCCCGCGAACGCGCUGUGCUGCCCCAGGCCCCGCAGCCGAGCGCCGAGCGGCCGAUCCGUCACUCACCCCCGCAGCCCGCGCUCGCGUCGCUCGUGGCUCCACCCGCCAUUGUUAACCCAUAACUCGCUAUGGAGCAUGCCUUUACCCCGCUGGAGCCCCUGCUACCCACGGGAAAUUUGAAAUACUGCCUUGUGGUUCUUAAUCAGCCUUUGGACACACGCUUUCGUCAUCUUUGGAAAAAAGCGCUCUUCAGAGCCUGUGCUGAUGGAGGUGCCAACCGCUUAUAUGACCUCACCGAAGGGGAGAGAGAAAGCUUUUUGCCUGAAUUCAUCAGUGGGGACUUUGAUUCUAUUAGGCCUGAAGUCAGAGAGUACUACACCGAGAAGGGCUGUGAUCUUAUUUCAACUCCUGACCAAGACCACACUGAUUUCACCAAGUGUCUUAAAGUGCUCCAAAGGAAGAUGGAAGAAAAAGAGCUGCAGGUUGACAUGAUCGUGACCCUGGGAGGACUUGGUGGGCGUUUUGACCAGAUCAUGGCAUCUGUGAAUACCCUUUUCCAAGCCACUCACAUCACUCCUUUGCCAAUUAUAAUAAUCCAAGAGGAAUCUCUCAUCUACCUCCUCCAACCAGGCAGGCACAGGCUCCGUGUAGACACUGGAAUGGAAGGCAGCUGGUGUGGCCUUGUUCCUGUUGGACAGCAUUGCCAGGUGACGACAACAGGCCUGAAAUGGAACCUCAAAGCAAUCUGUUGACACGUCUGACAGAGGGUCAAGGGCUCUAAUCUAAAGAUGGAUACUCCUGCUGAUGCACAUGAAAUCUGAAUAUUCCUCUUUCUUUGUGCACCAAGGUGUCGUUUUUGUUCUGAGAUAUCUGGAUUGUAAAAACUAAGAUUACUAUUAAAGAAGGCAGGAGGCAAUUUAAGAAGUGCCCUAUCUCCCUGUGGCAAAAGCUUUGCAGCUAAGCAAAAAAUGUAUGUUGAUAAAUUGCAGCUGUCAGAGUGUCCACUGCGCUUCCUGGGAUAUGUCACUAACUUUGCAUUUCUCACUUAUGUGUGCUCAUGUGUGAACUUCUAUUUGAAAAAGAAAGCACCAAGUAUUUGGAGAUGUUCCCUAAAUUGCCACAGCUUAGCCUAGGUAAUAAAUAGUAAACAAAAUCAAGGGCCAUAAUAAGAUCUUAAUUACUGUUACUUAUACUUAACUUUUCCCCCAAAGCCUGUUUGCAUCUUUUGUUUUGUUUUGCUUUUUUAGGCAGGUUCUCACCAUGUACCUCAGGCUGUCCUUAAUCUUAGUAUCUUCCUGCCUCAAUCUCCUGAAUGUUGUUAUUACACCUAUGUGCAAGUAUACCAGAUCAUCUAUAUCAAUCUUAGUCGGGACAGAAUGUUAGAGAAAUACACCAUUAUUUGAAUGAACUAAAUUUCAAAAAAUAAAAGUAACAAAAAUGAAAAAGGAGGGUUCAAAGCAUAAGAAAGCACUUUCCUGCAAAAGUGCAGGAAAGUGGUGUGAAAACAUGGUCUUCGCACUCAGAACUCCGACAUACAGACACUACAGUGAAAGAGACACACAGUCACAAAGACUGAUUCAUACACUGGACAGUAUCAUGGCUAGUAUUACAAAAAAUGAUGGGAAAAACUAUCUUCACAGCCUCCCAGCGUCGAUUCGAACCCCUAGCUUCUUGCUGUAUCUAUCUGCUGUUGCAACAAAGAAUUUUGCUUUAAAAUUCAAUGAUUUACCCAAAGAUGAAAGCAUUGUAGUAGAUACGCAAAAGGUAAAAUGACAAAGGAAUUGAAGCAUACUGCUUCAGGAAUACAGCAUUUCAUGAAGAAAGUUGUAAAACUGUAAGAAACGAUUAGAGGAUUGUAAAAACAAUCAGUAAAAAAUAAAAUAUCUCUAGUAAGUCUUACCUGUCAAUAGUUACUUGAAAUAAAGGCAGAGUGGCUGAAUGGAUUCAAAACAAAAUGCAAUAUUUCUUAGUGCUAAAGACAUAUAGACUGGGAUAAGGUGAUGGCAAACAUUUUCAUACUUCCCACAAGUACAGCAGAGAGGAGAACAUCAAAACAGAAACAGUGGAUUUGAACAAAUAUUAGUCCAAAAGGACCUAAGAGACAUGUGGUAUGGACCAUUCCACCCAACAAUGUAGAACACAUGUUGCUCUGAAACACAUAAAGAACAUGCUAUAAAACACAUAAGACAAAAAAAAAAAGUCUUAUUAUUCCCACUCAUGGGAAUCUUAAUAUUGCAAGGACUCUAUCUCAAGAUCAGUAGAAGGAAGGAAGUAAUGCUGGUGCUGCUGUUUGAGGAAUUAUGGAACUUUUAGUAUGGGACCUUUGCUGGUGGAGGUACAUCACUAAGGGUUGACUUUGAGAGUCAAUAGCCCCAUCCCACUUCCAGUUCUUGCUCUCUGCUGCCUGUGUGAUCCAGAUGUGGUGGCUCAACCUUCUGCUCUCGUCAUCUCCUGUCAUGGACUCUCCUUCUGUAAUUGCAAGCCAAAAUAAACACUUCCUGUAAGUUGCUUUUGCUCAUGGUAUUUUAUCAUACCCACAGAAUAGUAAAUAAUACUAUGUAGAAUUAGCAGAGUUGAGGUCAUAGGAGAAUGUGCAAUGGUGAUCAGCUCUGCUGGGGAAGA